AGCAUAGCGCAGAGUUUCCACAACAGUAAGAUUACUAAUCGCAGACCUUGAGGUUCAGUUAUCCACGCGCAGUUCUACUUGCUGCACGAAUAUCGCUCCGUUUCAGAAUAAUUAUUACCGAAGCUCUCAGUUCUCGUGUUUUUGACUAUCGAUUUUGCUUGACGAUCGGUGUACUUUGAGUUAUAAAAUGUUGAAGAUCGGAUUCUGUGGAGCCGGUAAAAUGGCUCAAGCUUUAGUCAAGGGAUUUAUAGGAGCCGGAUUGACCAAGGCAGAGUUGGUUUUGGCCAGUUGUCUCCCAAACGAUGCUGACAGCAUAAAAGCCUUCCAGGAUAUUGGUGCGCGAGCGAUCUUCGAGAACCGGACGAUCGCUGAACACGGCGAUGUUCUGAUCCUUGCGGUGAAGCCACAGGUCGCCCCUGCGGUACUUUCGGAGUUGAAGAACAGCCCGCGAAAGUUAACGCUAUCAAUCGCGAUGGGUGUGUCUCUGGCUGCCCUAGAAAAGGCUCUGCCGUCGGGUACCCCGGUCAUCAGGGUAAUGCCAAAUACGCCCGCGCUCGUGGGUUGCGGUGCAACAGUAUAUGCACGCGGUUCUAACGCUGGCGACGAGGAUGUCGCGAUAGCGAAACGGCUCUUCUCCAGUGUCGGAGUAUGCGAGGAGGUGACGGAGACCAUGAUUGACCCUGUCACAGCAUUGGCCGGAUCCGGUCCCGCUUACGUCUACAUGAUGAUUGAAGCCCUGGCCGACGGAGGGGUGAAAAUGGGCCUCACCAGACCUUUGGCUUACAAAUUAGCGGCACAGACAGUUCUGGGAGCUGCAACUAUGGUUCGGGACACGGAUGAACACCCGGGGAAGCUAAAAGACGACGUAGCAUCCCCAGCAGGCUCAACAAUCACGGCCAUCCACUAUCUGGAGCGACAUGGUUUGAGAUCUGCCCUCAUCGGCGCCGUUGAAGCUGCUACUGAGCGUUGCAGAGAGGUGACCGCGGCUGCUAGACCAAAUUAGGAGUUCGUGAAGGAUAAGUGUAGAAUGUGAUUGAGGCGAAACGCCCAUUGUUCGUUCAGGAAAACGUUCAUAGCAUUAGUCGGAAUAUUCGAAGGUCCUGGAGCUCCUACUCAUGACAGACCGCGACAAACAUUCGGUUGAAAUCGUAAUUAUUGAUUAUACUGCAGUGCGACAGUGACUUCAGAAAGAUGUGGCUUUUGGGAGCGCUCUCAGUUGCCAUGGGAGAACGUUGGUGUUGGUGUCAUAAAAGUUAGUAACAAAUGAGUGUUAGACUAAAUUCGAAUUGUUUUUUAAUGAAUCAGUGUGAGCAGAUCAUGUAUGUAGUACUUAAGAGGGCAAAAUCGUUGUACGAAAAAUUCCAACGAUUGAGAUAGUGUACAUAAAAUAAACUCUUUUUGAAAGCUA